AUGAAACGAAAUGACAAUGAUGAUGAUGAUGAUGAUGAUGAUGAUGAUGAUGAUGAUGAUGAUGAUGAUGAUGAUGAUGAUGAUGAUGAUGAUGAUGAUGAUGAUGAUGAUGAUGAUGAUGAUGAUGAUGAUGAUGAUGAUGAUGAUGAUGAUGAUGAUGAUGAUGAUGAUGAUGAUGAUGAUGAUGAUGAUGAUGAUGAUGAUGAUGAUGAUGAUGAUGAUGAUGAUGAUGAUGAUGAUGAUGAUGAUGAUGAUGAUGAUGAUGAUGAUGAUGAUGAUGAUGAUGAUGAUGAUGAUGAUGAUGAUGAUGAUGAUGAUGAUGAUGAUGAUGAUGAUGAUGAUGAUGAUGAUGAUGAUGAUGAUGAUGAUGAUGAUGAUGAUGAUGAUGAUGAUGAUGAUGAUGAUGAUGAUGAUGAUGAUGAUGAUGAUGAUGAUGAUGAUGAUGAUGAUGAUGAUGAUGAUGAUGAUGAUGAUGAUGAUGAUGAUGAUGAUGAUGAUGAUGAUGAUGAUGAUGAUGAUGAUGAUGAUGAUGAUGAUGAUGAUGAUGAUGAUGAUGAUGAUGAUGAUGAUGAUGAUGAUGAUGAUGAUGAUGAUGAUGAUGAUGAUGAUGAUGAUGAUGAUGAUGAUGAUGAUGAUGAUGAUGAUGAUGAUGAUGAUGAUGAUGAUGAUGAUGAUGAUGAUGAUGAUGAUGAUGAUGAUGAUGAUGAUGAUGAUGAUGAUGAUUUUAGAAAUUUCAAAGAUUGA